UCCUCUUAAUUUCAAACAAAAGCAACGUUUUUGUUGAUUUUUUUAAUUUCAUUUUGUAUGGCACAAUUGCCACCAAAAGCGCCAAUAAUGGCGCAAAAAUGGCCGUCAUUUGCCUAUCAGACCAUGCCGAUGCCGUCGUCAGCCUCGCAGCCACCGACCUGGAUGGAUGAUUUUAUAGAUUUCUCGUCAGCUAGGAGGAACUCUCACCGGAGAUCCACAAGCGAUCCGAUUGCGUUUAUUGAAGCUCCUCCGUUUAUUAAUGAAUGUCGUAAUUCUCAUGUCAUUGAUAAGUCGUUGAUGCCUUGCUCUAAUAAUAAUGGAUUUGAGCGUUUGGAUGAUGAGCAGCUUAGUUCUAUGUUUUCCGACGACUUCACGGCGAAUCUCCAGUCAACUAGGUUAUUGUCUAUGACAUCUGAUCAAAACAGCGAUGAUGACGAAGCUAAACCAACGCAGCCACCGGAGCAACAACCGCAGCAGCUAAAACAUGAGCUGGGAGAGGUGGAAGACGGUGGCGAUUACGAACAGGAGACCGAAUCCGUCAAGCCUCACAUUACUUUUUCCAGCGAUGGCGGCACCGUCGUUGAUCCAAAAAGAGUUAAAAGGAUAUUAGCAAAUCGUCAAUCUGCCCAGAGAUCAAGAGUCAGGAAGUUGCAUUACAUUUCUGAACUCGAACGAAGUGUUACAAAUCUGCAGACGGAGGUAUCGACACUAUCGCCACGUGUAGCAUUUUUGGAUCAUCAGCGAUUGAUUUUAAACGUAGAUAACAGCUCGCUUAAGCAACGGAUCGCGGCUUUGGCCCAGGACAAGAUCUUCAAAGAUGCUCAUCAAGAAGCAUUGAAAAAAGAGAUUGAGAGAUUAAGAAGAGUUUAUCAUGAACAGAACAUGAAGAAGGCGGAGACCACCACCGCAACAACCACCGGUUCACCGGCAUGAAUGGCGUCUCCGCCGCCGCCACCGGCAGCAACUGUUAUGGUACGGAUGAAGAGUGAGUGAUCGAUCUCGGAUCUGGGAACGAGAAGGAUGAACAAAUGGGAGUGUGUGGGGAAGGGAUGCUGCUAAAGUGCGCCCAUGCAGGCACGUGAUGUGUUUCAAGACUUUUGGGUGGUGGUCCCAUGAUUGGCAUGUGAUUAUUUUAAUAUAGCAUGGCUUCUUUUAUGCUAUUGUUGGAGAGGGAAGAAAGGGUAAUUAUGUCUUUUUCUAUGGGUUUUUAAAUUUAUUUAUGUAGAUUCUUUUUCUUAACGAAUAGGGGUCUGUGGGGUAUUGGAUGUCUGGUGUAGACUGUAGAGCAUGUUCUGAUUGUCUUUUUCUUUUCUUUUUUUUUUUUUUUAAAUUUUAAUGUCUUUAUAUUUGAUUAUUUUUUUAAUUACUAUUUUAGCCUCAUUGAGACCAAGGGGAAUUGUACAAGUAGUUCAAUUGUAGUUUUUGAGUUAA